UUUGUUUUUACCUACGGCAUUGGCAGUAGAUUAUGGUAUUAUACAUAUUUUAUAUUUAUUUACAGAUUAUAAUAGGCGGUAGAGCAUAAUAUAAUAAAGUAAAAUACGGUGACCUCUUGUAAGUUGUAGUUAUAGACGAAUAGACGAUGAUAUUAUAAUAUAGUAUAGUGCAGUAGGUCAGUACAUUCUACGUGUAUGAGUGUGUUACAGACGAAGACAGAGUACGUCAAGCAGUAUUAAACAGAUUUUAUUGUUUUUCUCGUGGAAAUUUUAAAAUCUAAUAAAGGUAACAUGAAAAUGGCGUAAAAUGGAUUUAAAAUAGUCCCAAAUUAAUACGCAUCCAUAGUCAUUUACCUAGUGGAAAUUUGGUGAUCACUGAGAAAAUUAAAUGCAACAUGAAAGAACAAGCAAAAAUUUCGUCAAAAUUACCGGGUCAAAUCACAAAGUGAUUAUUUAAGUUUAUGUCAUAACAUAUCAUACUGAGUGAUUAUAUACGUUUUGUUUAAAAUAUUCCAAUUUGUACUUUUUUCCUCCGAGAUUUUUUUUUCUGUUCCCCUUUAUUACUAUGCAAUGGUUCCCCAAAACUGCGAGGAACGAGUUCCAAUAAGCGUCAACAUGAAAUAUGAGAAAAACAUUUUUCCAGCUGAAUGGGAAAGCGAUAGUGAUGAGUAUGAUGAAUUUGGUGAUAUUAUUAAACAAAAUUCAUAUAAUGUAAAACCAGAAGUAGAAGAUUUUCAAUUAACGUUGAUAAAUGCUUGUACAACAAACAAUGUACCAGAAAUCACCCGUGCUUUAAACUCGGGAACUGUUAAUAUUAACAGUUAUUUGAAUAAUAAUUGGACUGCUUUGAUGAAUGCAGCAUUUUAUGGAUCUUUAGAUGCUGUAAUAUAUCUUUUACAGAAUGGUGCUGAUCCAUUAAUGGAGUAUGACUGUCAUAAUGUUAUAAUGUGUGUAUGUAAUUGUUCUAGAAUUUCUGAUGAAUUGGACUUAUUAAAUUGUCUAAAGCAUUUAGAAAAUGUUGAUGGUAUUGAUAUUAACUCUAAAGAUAGGACAGGAUUGACAGCGCUCAUGUAUGCAUGCUCCAACGGUUGGUUAAAAUUAGUAGAAUUUUUAGUCGAUCAUGGUGCAGAUAUAGAGUUGAAAGAUAAUCAGUCUGGUGAGACGGCUUUGUUUUUUGCAGUACGUAACAACCAUGUUAAUAUUGUGAAAUUUCUAUUAUCAAAAGGAGCUGACAAAGAUGCCACCGACAAGAAAUGUCAGACAGUGAUUAGAAUAGCUGAAAAUAAAAACAUGGUUGAUAUUUUAAAUUUAUUGAAUAGCAAUUAUAAAAAUGCACAACUAGAAGUUUAUUAUUCAGGAGAAGAACAUCCUUACUGGGAUGAAGUUAUGACUGAAUUAGAAAAUGGUUUUAGUAAAGACAUUAAAUCAUUUUUAGAAGUCUUAUCCAUGGAUAUCUAUACAGACCAGCUAAUUUCCAAUAAUAUAACUUUUAAAAACUUACUUACUGGAAAUAAUGACCAAUUUUUUAAUAUGGGAAUCACCUUGUCACCACAUCGUAAGCUUUUGGCUACUGCGCUUAAAUGUUUUCAUUCAUGGAAUUGGUCUAAUUAUUCUUUAGAUGUUAAAAAAAAUGAUAUGAAUGUUGAAAGUAUUGCCCAGACAUUAGGGAUGAUAGUAAGACAAUUGCAUAUAUUAGAUGCUUCAAUAAAGUACUUAGGAAUUCAUAGUUAUGGUUUGGAUCAACAAAAAGGUCAAGAAGCCAUUAAUCAUUUGAAAAAAAUCAGAAUUUUGGAGAAUAAAAUAUUUAAAAUAUUAGAUCAAAAAAUAAGAAUAAGUCAAGUGGAUUAUACAGGAUAUAAAAAAAGGAAUCGAAAUAUAAAAAAAAACUUAGAUAAGUUGUUUGCUGGUACAGCUGUUAUUUUAUUAUUAUUACGCAUAUUUUAAAUUUUAUAUUUGAUCAAUUUAAGAAGUGUAAAAUAUUGUUGGUAUUGUAAAUUGUACUGCCUUUUCAUUCUUUUUUUUUUAAAUUUAUAAUAUAUAAAAUAAAAUUAUGUAUUUUAA